AUGGAGGACAAUGCAGAGCUUCAGAGCGAGGAGAUUGAAGUUUUACGGUCCAUAUUUGAGGACGCGUUUUGCCUCAAGGCUGAUUUAGAUAAUUCAGGAUUGGUGAGAUCGUUUACUAUCUCACUUGGUGGACCUCACGCCAUCGUCCUCUUGGUUCAUUUGCCUCAAGGAUACCCGUCCAUUGAUGCCCCGAUCGCUGAAGUGUACGAAUCUUUUGGAUUGACGAACAUACAGCGAGAUGAAAUUUUGGAGUGCUUGACUGCAAUUUUUGAACGUUCGAAAGGUCAAGUAUGUCUCUACGAGUGGAUUGGAAAGGUGCGAGACAGAUACUCAAGCGCUGAGCUUGAGUCUUCUCAAGCGGUUGCUAGUAACACGAACAAUAAUGGAAAGGGACUUGCAGUCGAGAUCCGUCUUCAGCAAUUCGACUCCGAUCCGCGGUUGCUGCGACCUCGUGUGCGAACAGCGCAACUCAUUCGCAAUGUUGAGCGUGAGGUUGUGAUUGCACCACUAAUUGUCCAUGGUAAAAUGAUCAUCGAUCGAAAAAGCACCUUCAUUGCUCACGCAUGUCGUGUUAAAAGCGUUCAGGACGUGCGAGCGUUUCUUGCUCUCUUACUGGACGAUCGCAAGGUUGAACAAGCAACCCACAACAUUUUGGCGUAUCGAAUUGUUGGCGCAACUACAAUUAAGGAUAAUGAUGAGGAUGGCGAGCACGGUGCUGGAAGUAAGCUAUUAUUUUUAUUAGAGCUGCUAAAGGCUGAGAAUGUGGCAGUUGUCGUGACGAGAUGGUACGGCGGCAUCAAGCUAGGUCCUGAUAGGUUCAAACACAUCAACUCAUGUGCCCGACAGGCGCUGGAAGACAGUGGACUUAUUCACGCUCAAAACGAUUUCAGGAAAAAAGGCAAGCGAUGA